AUGGGUGACUGGAGCUUUCUGGGGCGGCUGUUGGAAAAUGCACAGGAACACUCAACGGUCAUUGGGAAGGUCUGGCUGACGGUCCUCUUCAUCUUCAGGAUCCUGGUGCUUGGUGCUGCAGCAGAGGAAGUGUGGGGAGACGAGCAGUCUGACUUCACGUGCAACACGCAGCAGCCUGGUUGUGAGAAUGUCUGCUAUGAUGAGGCCUUCCCAAUCUCACACAUCCGCUUCUGGGUGCUGCAAAUCAUCUUCGUGUCCACACCUACUCUCAUUUAUCUGGGCCAUGUGCUUCACAUUGUACGGAUGGAGGAAAAACGCAAGGAGAAAGAGGAGGAACUGCGCAAGGCCAGUAGGUUCCAGGAGGACAAAGACCUUUUCAGAAAUGGAGGUGCAGGAGGAGCAGGCGAAGGAGGUGGAGGUGGUAGUGGGAAAAAAGAAAAGCCUCCAAUACGAGAUGAGCAUGGCAAAAUCCGGAUCAGAGGCGCCCUCCUGCGCACCUAUAUUUUCAACAUUAUCUUCAAGACUUUGUUUGAAGUGGGCUUCAUCUUGGGCCAGUACUUCCUUUAUGGGUUCCAACUUAGACCCCUAUACAAAUGUGCAAGAUGGCCCUGCCCAAACACAGUGGACUGCUUUAUCUCCAGGCCCACUGAAAAGACCAUCUUUAUCAUAUUUAUGCUUGUGGUGGCUUGUGUGUCUCUUGUGCUGAAUCUUUUAGAAAUCUAUCACCUAGGAUGGAAGAAAGUCAAACAGGGCAUAACCAACGAGUUUGUGCCAGAGCGUGAAUCGCUACCCGGCAAUGCUGAUGACACUGGGGGAGUCGACGAUGUCACAAUGCUCCCACUGGUCAGCUCAUCUCCUCCUGUCCUCAACCAACCUCCCAACUACACAGAUAUGGCUGUGUUGGGAAGCAAUGCAAUCCACCCCCCAACAACCUUAGCCCUAGUAACCCCUGAAGCAGAGUACAAGGCUGACCCACAUAAUGAGGUUCCUCCACCCUCCCUAUAUAGCAGCAACAACAGCAACAACCAUCAACUGACCAUGGAGCAGAACUUCGCGAACAAGGUGGCUGAGCUACAGAAAAGUGAAAUGAAGCCCAUAACUCCAAGCCUCUCUUCCUCAUCCUCCUCUUCCUCUUUAAGCGAUCAGAUGGAGGACAAGGAAUCAGUUCAUCCUUCCUCCAUCUGCACAGCUGAUUUUCUCAGCGAUGGGAGGAGUGAACCAGACACAGGCCCUGGUGUGACGAUCACCACGGUGGAGAUGCAUCAGCCACCAAUCAUGAUGACAGAUAUCUGUCGUCUUAGCAGAGCCAGCAAAACCAGCAGCAUCAGGGCCAGACCUGAUGACUUGGCAGUCUAG